CGCCGUGCCGUGCCUGUGCUGAUUGGCGGCGCGGCCGGUCCCGCCUGCGCUCGGCCGCUUCGCGCCGUGUCCCGCGAGCGGCGGCCGGGGCAGGGGUCGCCGCGGGCGGCGAGGUGCUGGCGGGCGGGCGGGCGCAGGUGGCUCGCGUAGAAGCUCGGAGUCUCCACCGCCCUGUUCGUGUCGGCGCUGGGCGCCAAGGCCGCUCGGGUGGCUUCUGCGUUCCGGCGGGGCUCCCGAGAGGCCUGCCGCAGCGCAGUGGCAAAAUGGCUUCUGGUUAACCCCUCGCUGGCUCAUCUGCAAUUAGCUCGGAGCAAAGCCUCUUAAACGGUGUCUCUUUUCUGUCGGAGAAAACGGAAAUGCCGAUUAUACAGUAACUUUAGAUACCGUUUGCAAAAGGAACCAAAGCUUACUAUGCUAAGCUCUGAAUAACUAGUAUAUGGAAACUAAUUAUUUUUAAAUCACAGUAUUCUUAAAUUAAUCCAGCAACAUAGGAGGGUAGUUUUGGGAUGUACCAAAGGUCAUGAUUAUUAUGUAUCAGCUGAAAUUUGUAUUGAGAUUUUAUUGUUACGUACUACUUGAUAAAAACAGUUGUUAGUAUGUUGGUCUUCACUCAAACAUUCAUUAAAUGCAUGGCCAGAGAUGUUUCCAUCUCUCCAUGUGCAAUAACGUGAGUUACUAGGCGUAUCCCUUCACCAAAAGGGGAACCUGGCAGACGGCAGUUUGUAUUAGAGAUACAUAGUGUAAUUACCCAGGUUAGGUUGGAGUAGCUGAUUCUCUCUCAACUUUAUUAUGAAGUAUUAAUAAUAGAUGUCAAGGUGUGAAGAGAUUCUGCAAGAGGAUACUGUCAGUAUAACAUCUGCAGAGGAGAGAGAAACUACUCCCGUUUUUCCUGUCCUGACUUUUACUCCAGUCUUGGGUUGGAAGACUUCCUUUCUGUAGGUGACACUUCUGGAACAGAGGAGGAUACGGACUCAGCUAUCUUAUAUGGAACUUUGCGAGGAAGUGUUGUUGGAUUACGAUACUACACGGGGAUUGUUAAUAACAAUGAAAUGGUUGCACUUCAGAGGGAGCCCAAUAAUCCUUAUGAUAAAAAUGCAGUGAAAGUAAAUAAUGUGAACGGAGACCAGGUAGGCCAUAUAAAAAAAGAACUAGCGGCAGCGUUGGCAGGCAUUAUGGACAACAAACUAGCAUUAAUUGAAGGGGUUGUCCCUUAUGGAGCAAAAAAUGCCUUUACCAUGCCUGUACAAAUGAGCUUUUGGGGAAGACAAGAAAACAAGGAAGCAGUGCUAGAUCAGCUAAAAAGGCAUGGAUUUAAAUUGGCUCCUCCUCUGAAAGUAGGUUCAGAAUGUGGUUUUGGAUCAAAGUGGAUUUCUGGGAGAGCUGGUCCAAGUUACGGUGCUCCGGUUCAUGCUGCUGUGCAGUUGACAACUGAACAGCUUAAAAGUGAAUUUGACAAAUUGUUUGAGGAUCUGAAGGAAGAUGAUAAAACUUGUGAAAUGGAAGGAGCAGAGGCUGUUGGCACACCCUUGCUUCCCCAUCAGAAGCAGGCUUUAGCUUGGAUGGUUUCACGUGAGAACAGUAAUGAUUUGCCACCCUUUUGGGAAGAGAGAAGUAACUUCUACUACAAUAUACUUACAAACUUUGCAGAAAAGAAACGACCUAAGAAUGUUCUUGGAGGAAUACUGGCUGAUGAGAUGGGACUGGGUAAAACGCUUACUACUAUUGCAUUGAUUCUCACAAAUUUUCAAGAUAGCAAGCCUCUUCCUGUUGAAAAGAUCACAAGUGAUAAGUUUUAUGAGGAAUCUGGUACUAACAGCAUGAACAGCGUUGGACGCAGACUAUGUAAAGACUCUAGCAAUGUGAUGGAGCCUGGUGUUUCUAACAUAAAAAAGUUUGAAACCACUCCGUUGAAAUACUCAAGUUGUCUUCCAAAAAGAUAUCUUAGAGAGAAAGCCAAGAAACCCAGAUAUUCAGGAAGCAGUGACUUGGGAGAGUCUGAAGAACGGCUACUGCAACAAACAGAAACAACUUCCUGUGUUGUACAAGAAGAUACAGGCUUUGCAUCUGUUCUUCUACCUUCAUCUACUUGUUUAAAAAGACAAACAAAAAGAAAAGGUACCGCUAGCGUUCACUGUGUUGAGAAGAAAUGUUCUGAUGAUGGCCCCAGAGCAACACUGAUUGUAUGUCCACUCUCUGUCCUGAGCAAUUGGAUUGACCAGUUUGAACAACAUAUCCACCAAGAUUUUCACGUAAAUAUUUAUGUUUAUUAUGGUUCUGACCGUAGCAAAGACCCAUCAGUUCUUUCAGAACAAGACAUCGUACUGACAACGUACAACAUCUUGGCUACUGAUUACGGAAUUAGAGGUGACAGCCCUUUACAUAAAGUCAGGUGGCUGAGAAUUGUGUUGGAUGAGGGGCAUACUAUACGAAAUCCAAAUGCUCAGCAAACUAAAGCUGCCUUAAAUCUGGAGGGACACAGAAGAUGGGUACUUACAGGCACUCCUAUUCAGAAUUCUGUAAAGGAUUUGUGGUCUCUUAUUUCCUUCUUAAAACUGAAACCUUUUACUGAUCGAGAGUGGUGGCACAGAACAAUUCAGCGUCCAGUCACAAUGGGAGCUCCAGGAGGACUUGGGCGUUUACAGUCUCUGAUUAGGAGCAUUACCCUUAGAAGAACUAAAACAAGUAAAGUUAAAGGAAAACCCAUUCUGGAGUUACCAGAACGUAAAGUACUUAUUCAGCAUGUUACGUUGACAGAGGAAGAGAGACAGAUCUAUCAAUCUGUGAAGAAGGAGGGCAAGGCUGCUAUUAGCAGAUUUUUCAGUGAAGGGACUGUACUAGCUCACUAUGCUGACAUCCUUGGUGUCCUGCUCAGAUUGAGGCAGCUUUGUUGUCAUCCUCAUCUCUGUAUAAAUGCAUCUUCUAGUUUUUCAGCUGAUAAUAAAACCCCUGAAGAACUGCCUGAGACAUUAGUGAGUAAAAUGAAGUUGGUUCUGAGCUCUGGUUCAGAUGAAGAAUGUGCAGUUUGCUUGGAAUCACUGACUCUUCCUGUGAUAACACGCUGUGCGCAUGUCUUUUGUAAGCCAUGUAUUUUUGAAGUCAUCAGAAGUGAACAGCCAAAUGCCAAAUGCCCUCUCUGUAGGAAUGAGCUUAGAGUAGAGCACUUGGUGGAAUGUCCCCUAGACGAGGAAAUAGACUCCAGUAAAGGAAAUAAGUCUGAUCGGGAGUGGAUAUCCAGUUCAAAGAUAAAUGCUCUCAUGCAUGCUUUGAUAGAACUACGGAGGGAUAAUCCAACUGCUAAAUGUCUGGUUGUUUCUCAGUUCACAACUUUCCUGUCGCUGAUAGAAAAUCCCUUGAAAGAAUCAGGGUUUGCCUUCACUCGUUUGGAUGGCUCAAUGGCACAGAAGAAAAGAGUAGAAGCAAUUCAUUGUUUCCAAAGCAGCCAAGCAGGAUCCCCAACCGUAAUGCUUUUGUCUCUGAAAGCAGGUGGAGUUGGAUUAAAUCUGACAGCAGCUUCCCGAGUGUUUUUAAUGGAUCCUGCUUGGAAUCCUGCUGCAGAAGACCAGUGUUUCGACAGGUGUCACAGGCUGGGUCAGAAGCAUAAUGUUGUUAUUACUAAGUUCAUAGUGAAGGAUUCAGUGGAAGAAAAUAUGCUGAAAAUUCAGAACAAGAAGAGGGAACUUGCAGCAGGAGCCUUUGCUACCAAAAAGCCUUCAGCAAGUGAAGUAAAACAAACCAAAAUUAAUGAAAUUAAGGCUCUAAUUGACUUAUAGCUUGAAACCGUGGUAUUUUGAGUAAAUUAUAUAUUUAAUACUUUAGUUAAUACUGCUGUUCAAGUUACAUGUCUCGUGCUAACUUCUGGUUUUGCUGUCUUUGCUGUCAAAACAUAAAUGCUUCAAAUAAAAUAUAAAAACUGAUUUGCUCCUAAAUGUUAAUUUAGAAAUGCACAAAACUUGUUUUGCACUCCUGAAAUCUUGCCAGUGUUCAUUCUUUGAAAUGUUGCUUAUUAUGUACAACGCUUAAGAGUACAUAAAAAUCCCUCAAAACAGAAA